AUGGCUGAGCACAAUUCCGCCGGCUCGCCGGCGCUGAACACGCCAAUUGAGUCGGGCCACUUCGAUGAGAAGGCCCCCGCCCAGGCCCAGCAGCCCACCAAGGCCAAGCCUGUUGAGGAAGAGGAGGAAGAUGAGGACAUUGACGCCCUCAUUGAGGACCUCGAGUCCCAGGAUGGUCACGGAAUGGAGGAGGAGGAGGAGGAGACCAACACGCCCGGUGGUGGUCGCGUUAUCCCCGAGGACAUGCUCCAGACCGACACCCGCAUUGGUCUGACUGAGCAGGAGGUCGUUGCCCGUCGCCGCAAGUACGGUCUCAACCAGAUGAAGGAGGAGAAGGAGAACCUGAUCCUCAAGUUCCUCUCGUACUUCGUUGGUCCCAUCCAGUUCGUCAUGGAGGCUGCUGCCGUCCUUGCUGCUGGUCUUGAGGACUGGGUUGAUUUCGGUGUCAUUUGCGGUCUGCUUCUUCUUAACGCUGCUGUCGGUUUCAUCCAAGAAUUCCAGGCCGGCUCCAUCGUCGACGAGCUCAAGAAGACCCUCGCUCUUAAGGCUGUUGUUCUCCGUGACGGUACUCUGAAGGAGGUCGAGGCCCCCGAGGUCGUUCCCGGUGAUAUCCUCCAGGUUGAGGAGGGUACCAUUAUUCCCGCCGAUGGUCGCAUUGUCACCGACGAUGCCUUCCUCCAGGUCGAUCAGUCCGCCAUCACUGGCGAGUCCCUCGCUGUCGACAAGCACAAGAGCGACCAGUGCUAUGCUUCGUCCGCCGUCAAGCGUGGUGAGGCUUUCAUUGUCGUCACCGCCACUGGUGACAACACCUUCGUCGGUCGCGCUGCUGCUCUCGUCAACGCCGCCUCCGCCGGAACUGGUCACUUCACCGAGGUUCUCAACGGUAUCGGAACUGUUCUCCUGGUCCUCGUCGUCCUGACCAACCUUGUUGUCUGGGUCUCGUCGUUCUACCGCUCCAACCCCAUUGUUGAGAUUCUCGGCUUCACCCUUGCCAUCACUAUCAUUGGUGUCCCCGUCGGUCUCCCCGCUGUCGUUACCACCACCAUGGCUGUCGGUGCUGCCUACCUGGCCCGCAAGAAGGCCAUUGUCCAGAAGCUGUCCGCUAUCGAGUCCCUGGCUGGUGUCGAGAUUCUGUGCUCUGACAAGACCGGUACCCUGACCAAGAACAAGCUCUCUCUCUCUGAGCCCUACACCGUCGCCGGUGUCGACCCCGAGGACCUGAUGCUUACUGCCUGCUUGGCCGCCUCGCGCAAGAAGAAGGGUAUGGAUGCCAUUGACAAGGCUUUCCUCAAGUCUCUGCGCUACUACCCCCGCGCCAAGGGCGUCCUGUCCAAGUACAAGGUCAUUGACUUCCACCCCUUCGACCCCGUCUCCAAGAAGGUCACCGCCCUUGUCGAGUCUCCCCAGGGCGAGCGCAUCACCUGCGUCAAGGGUGCUCCCCUCUUCGUUCUCAAGACUGUCGAGGAUGACCACCCCAUCCCCGAGGAGAUUGACCAGGCCUACAAGAACAAGGUCGCCGAGUUCGCCACCCGUGGUUUCCGUUCCCUCGGUGUUGCCCGCAAGCGUGACGGUGGUGCCUGGGAGAUCCUCGGUAUCAUGCCCUGCUCUGACCCUCCCCGCCACGACACUGCCCGCACCAUCAACGAGGCCAAGUCUCUCGGUCUGUCCAUCAAGAUGCUUACUGGUGAUGCCGUCGGUAUCGCCCGUGAGACUUCCCGCCAGCUCGGUCUCGGCACCAACGUCUACAACGCUGAGCGCCUCGGUCUCGGUGGCGGCGGUGACAUGCCUGGUUCCGAGGUCUACGAUUUCGUCGAGGCUGCCGAUGGUUUCGCCGAGGUUUUCCCCCAGCACAAGUACAACGUCGUCGAGAUUCUGCAGCAGCGUGGCUACCUCGUUGCCAUGACUGGUGACGGUGUCAACGACGCUCCCUCCCUGAAGAAGGCUGAUACCGGUAUUGCUGUCGAGGGUGCCUCCGACGCUGCCCGCUCCGCCGCCGAUAUCGUCUUCCUUGCCCCCGGUCUCGGUGCCAUUAUCGAUGCCCUCAAGACCUCUCGCCAGAUUUUCCACCGCAUGUACGCCUACGUCGUCUACCGUAUCGCUCUUUCCAUUCACUUGGAGAUCUACCUCGGCCUGUGGAUCGCCAUUCUCAACCGCUCCCUCAACAUUGAGCUCGUUGUCUUCAUCGCCAUUUUCGCCGAUGUUGCCACUCUUGCCAUUGCCUACGACAACGCUCCCUACAGCCGCACUCCCGUCAAGUGGAACCUGCCCAAGCUCUGGGGUAUGUCCGUCCUGCUCGGUAUUGUCCUGGCUGUCGGUACCUGGAUCACCGUCACCACCAUGUACGCCAACGGCGAGAACGGUGGUAUCGUCCAGAACAACGGUAACCUGGAUGAGGUCGUCUUCCUGGAGAUCUCCCUGACUGAGAACUGGCUGAUCUUCAUCACCCGUGCCAACGGUCCCUUCUGGUCCUCCAUCCCCUCGUGGCAGCUUGCCGGCGCCAUUCUGGUUGUCGAUAUCCUUGCCACCUGCUUCACCAUCUGGGGUUGGUUCAUCCCCGGCAGCCCCCUCACCCACAUUGUCGCCGUCGUCCGUAUCUGGAUUUUCUCCUUCGGUGUCUUCUGCGUCAUGGGCGGUGUCUACUACAUGCUCCAGGACUCUGUUGGCUUCGACAACCUCAUGCACGGCAAGUCCCCCAAGGGCAACCAGAAGCAGCGCUCCCUCGAGGACUUCGUUGUCUCUCUCCAGCGUGUCUCUACCCAGCACGAGAAGUCGCAGUAA